AUGUAUAUUAUUGAAGGUACAAUGCAAAUUAUCGAACAAAAUCAAGAAACUGUACAAAUUAUAUUUGGAAUUCCAAGUUUUUUACUAUUACGUUUUCUUGGUACAACUCGUUAUUUGUCAUUAAGUAUGAUUUUAUGGGGAAGUGUUAUGAUUGGUAUGGCUUUUGUAACUAAUGCUAGAGAAUUACUUGUUCUCCGUUUUAUUCUGGGUAUGAUUGUUGCAGCUUAUUUUCCUGGUAUAACCAUUUAUCUUUCUUUAUGGUAUCGAAAAGCAGAACAAACUAUGAGAAUAUCGGUUUUCUUUGGAGCUGCCAUCACUGCUGGCAUUUUUGGAGGAAUUAUAUCUUAUGGUAUCGCACAAAUAAGAAAUCUAUCUAAUCUAAAAGAUUGGCAAUGGAUUUUUUUGCUCGAAGGUAUACCAAUAAUUCUACUCGGUGUUCUAACAUAUUUAUUUCUUAGUAGUAUACCUGAAACAGUUCAAUAUUGUUUUAAUUCGAUCAGUGACAUGAUUUCACAAGUAAAAUUAAUAACUGUGCGUCCAAUAUCACCAAUAUCAUCUGAAUGUGAAUAUAUCUGGAUAUAUAAGACAAAUGAAAAUCUGUGGAAUGGUAGUAAAUCUAUUGUGUGGACUCGUUAUCCUUCUGAUAUAUCAUCAAUAUUGGAGAAAGCCUUUAUAAGUGGUGUUGAUCAGACAUUUAUUAGUAAACGAAAUCGUAUUGAUUUCAUAAAGUUUGUAGAAGAGUAUAUUGAAGGAGAAAAACGACAACGACCUAUACGACGACGUUAUUUUAAAGCAUCGAUGACCAAUAACGGAAUAAGUGAAGAUGAAACAGCUCAUGAUGAAAGAUUAUCGUUUCCGUUGAGUAUUAAUGGAAAAACUAGUACAACUAUAGAUACAACAUAUCAUGGUUCACUAUUUAUAACAGAUUGGUUAUUAUUAUUUACUCAAGGUAAAUUUGAUGUGACAUUUGAUAAUAUAUUUCCCGUUCUUAUUAAUGGAUUAAUACAUGAAGGACGUUAUCAACCAAAUAAAACAGUUAAAGAAAUAAUUGAUGCUUUGAACUUGGUCAAAUAUGAAAAUUUCAAUAAGAACAAUAGAAAAAAAAUGAAAAUGUUACAAGAUUGUUGUGCUAAACUGUAUACAAAACAAUGUUUUCUAUUUCGUAUUGUUAAUACAGCAUUACGAGAUGAUGAUAGAACUAAACUUGAAACAUUAGGUCCAUAUUGUUAUCUUGUUUAUAAUUAUAUUGGUCGAGAUAUAAAUGAGAAUUUAUCAAUUCGUCGUUGUAUUUCACAAAUAAUUCAUCGAAGUAUAUCUCAAUCUAUAAUUGUCUAUCGUGGUGAUAAUAUUUAUCAUGAAAAAAUCGAAGAAUAUAAACAAGCAAUUGGAAAAAAAAAAUAUUUUAAAUGGCUUCCAUUUGUUUCAACUUCACUUAAACGUUAUGUUGCUGAAACAUUUGGAUUGAAUGUUUUAUAUAUAAUUGAACUAGGACGUUAUUUAUCUUAUGAUCAAUUUACAUAUUUGAAUAAAAAUACAUUUAUUCAAUGUGAACAAGAAAUAUUAUUGAGACCUGGAGCUCGAUUUCGUAUUAUCAAAUUAGAAUUUGAUCAUAUUUCACAACGACAUUUGAUUUAUAUCAAGAUAAUUCCAUCAUAUAUAUCUUAUUUGAGAUAA